AUAAUGAAUGUUUGGACUUUAAAGCCACGUCAAAGUUGGAAGCCUUGUAUUCACCAGACUGCUUCUCAUGCAGAGUUGCCCAAGUCAAAUGGUUUCCUCAUAAUUGAAGCAAAUGGUGGAUUGAACCAACAAAGAUUGUCGAUAUGUGAUGCAGUGGCGGUAGCAGGAUUGUUAAAUGCCACUCUUGUUAUUCCAAUGUUUCAUUUCAAUAGUGUUUGGCGAGAUUCUAGCAAGUUUGGAGACAUAUUUGAUGAGGAUUUCUUCAUAUACGCCCUAAGAAAUCGUGUAGAGAUUGUUAGAGAGCUUCCAGAAGCUGUACUUCAGCAUUUUGAUCAUAAUAUAAGCAAUAUUGUCAAUCUGAGGUUAAAAGCAUGGUCAAGUCCAACCUACUAUCUGCAGAAGGUUGUACCAAAGAUAGUUGAGUUGGGGGCCGUUCGGGUAGCACCUUUCUCUAACAGAUUGGCCCAUGCAGUUCCUCCAAAUAUCCAAGGACUUCGAUGCUUGUCAAAUUUUGAAGCACUUAGGUUUUCAGAAUCAAUACGUAUGCUAGCUGCAAAAAUGGUUGAUAGGAUGGUUAAAAAUAGCUCGAAAAGCGGGGGGAAGUAUAUUUCAGUCCAUCUGCGAUUUGAAGAGGAUAUGGUUGCAUUUUCAUGUUGUGUAUAUGAUGGUGGCGAGGAAGAAAAGAGAGAGAUGGAUAUUGCGCGUGAAAGAAGCUGGCGAGGAAAAUUUCGUAGAAGGGGGAGAAUAAUAAGGCCUGGCGCAAAUAGGCGGGAUGGGAAGUGUCCUUUAACUCCACUUGAGGUGGGGAUGAUGCUUCAUGGAAUGGGCUUUGACAAUAACACCUUCAUAUAUGUUGCAGCUGGAAAAAUCUAUCAAGCUGAAAAGUAUAUGGCCCCACUUAAACAAAUGUUUCCUCAUCUAGAGACAAAGGAUACACUAGCCUCUCCUGAAGAACUAGCUCCUUUCAAGGGGCAUUCAUCUAGGUUGGCUGCUCUAGAUUAUACGGUUUGCCUGCACAGUGAAGUGUUUGUCUCAACUCAGGGUGGUAACUUUCCACAUUUCUUGGUUGGUCAUAGACGAUAUCUCUAUGAAGGACAUGCUAAGACAAUUAAACCGGACAAAAGAAAGUUAGCUUUAUUGUUUGAUAACCCCAACAUCAGAUGGAAAGACUUUAAACGGCAGUUGCAAGAUAUGCUCAGACAUAGUGAUGUGAAGGGGGUUGAAACUAGAAAGCCCAGUGGCUCGCUGUAUACAUACCCAAUGCCAGAUUGCAUGUGUAAACAUGCAGAUGGUAGAAAUGACAACGGUAACACAACAGGAUUAUCAUAAUUUUUUACUAUUUUAUGUAACCUAGGUUUUCAGAAAUUGCUAUACCUGUAGAUUGUAAUAGCUUUCUACUAAGUUCUGCGAAACUGUAAUCAUUCUUUUACCAGUUGCCUUGUAGCUGUUAUAAUUUUGAGGUCUGGACUCAAUAUAGGUUCAUAUACGGUGCUCCAAAAGUAUACCCUGUUCACACAUAUGAUUGUACAAUAAAUUGUGGUUAAACUGAUUCUUUAUAAUAUAGUUAAUAAAUGUUGUUAUCUCCCU